GAUCUCGUGGUGCCAAAUAGCUAAUGAGGAGAAGAAGUGUCAACAAGACAACACAUUUCAUUGCAGCAGCAGAUCAACCUUAAAACUGGAUCGGAAUUUACAUUUGACUGUCUGAUCGAUAGAAAACAACAAAGGCGGUUUGAUCUAAAGCAAAACGUCCAGAUUUCACCUUGGCGGUGCGAGCUUUGAUCAUGGAUAAACCUGAGGCCGGUUGUUCUCAAGAUGUACCGCCAGAUACUGCAAAGUCAGAAAACGAAUCCAGCAUGACUUUAACACCACACAUGUUGGCCAAAAUUGAACGAAACAGACAACGUGCGCUGAUGCUCAGACAGGCAAGGCUCGCCAGUAGACCACUUACGACUCCUGAAGGUGCUACUUGUGCUAAAGUGGCCAAAACUAUAGACACAGGCGCAGGGUUUUUCAUUGAAGAGGAGACGGCUGAAGAUGAGCAUCAGGAGAAGAGAGUUGUCCAUCAACCAGCCCCAGUGAUGGAGCCGGAUUAUCUGCUGUGUGAUGAGUGUCAAAAGCCAUUCAUGGACUCUUAUCUAAGCAACAGCUUUGAUCUUUCUGUGUGUGACAAAUGCAGAGACAAUGACGUGAAACACAAGCUAAUAUCUCGCACGGAAGCAAAGCAGACUUUUCUUUUGAAAGAUUGUGAUUUGGAUAAGAGGGAGCCACCACUAAGAUUUACCCUAAGGAAAAAUCCGCACAAUCCUCACUGGGGAGACAUGAAACUCUACUUGAAGACACAGGUUGUAAAACGCUCUUUGGAGGUGUGGGGCAGUGAAGAGGCUCUGGAGGAGGCCAAAGAAACUAGAGAGGAGAACAAGGAGGUGCAGAAGCAAAAACGAUUCAAUAAGAAAGUUAAAGAGCUCAGACGGGCAGUGAGAAGCAGUAUGUUUAAAAAAGACACCAACAUACAUCAGCAUGAGUACGGCCCUGAGGAGCUGCUGGACGAAGAGGAAGAUCUCUACAGGAAGGUGUGUCGAACCUGUGGACAUGAACUCAAGUUUGAGAAAAUGUGAUCGUCUGACUUUCUUCACUGCUACUGUACCGGAUAGAAACGGGUCCUGGAAGAUGUUCCUGAUGAACAUCUUUACAUUCGUGUUCCUUUCUUGUUCUCCUCCUCCAGCAUCACAAUCACAUACAAGUCCAGAUGUGAUGAACUGAAGUGAAUGAACUUUUGAACAUUGAACAUUUUGAAGAUGUUCCUCUUUUUUAGGAUUAAACUAGAACUGGACCAAGUAGGAGCCUACAGUAUGGCUGGCAAUCCUGCCUGUCUAUUUUUUGCCUUUUGAUAAAGUUGACAAACAUUAAUGGUACAGUAUCUGUGAAGAUUAUAGUAUGCUACAAUAGCUUUGAUCACACGAGGGUGCUGUAGAACUACUAUAAUCAGAAAACUGCUGAGAUCAAAUAUUACACAAUAUCCGUUGUGCCCUUAAUUUUCAGAGUGAAAACUGUGUUAAGAGGAAAUAUGUAAAUUAACCAACACAAAAUAUAUAUUUGUUGCAUAUUUAAUGUUUAGGACACUUUAACAGAAACGUGUGUGUUGUGGCUGGUCAUUAUUCUGUACAUUGCGGAUGUAUCAUAUGGUAAUGUUGUAUUAUGAAAGCAGAAGCAUCAAAAUAUUCAAAAAUUUUAACUAGGAAAUCUUCCUAAUUUUUCUACCUCAAAAACGUUAGUGCCUGUUUGUUUGGCAAAGAGUUUUUGACUCAUAGAGUGGUGUAGAAACUUUCUUACAAAAUCUGUGUGACUAUUAUGUUAC